AUGUCUUACCCAGGCUCAUGGAAAGAGGGAGAUGGAGAUUAUUUGCUCGUGGUGUCUGGCGUCACACGCUAUGCACCAUAUCUAUCUGGAUGGCAGGAAUUCAAAGAUCAUCUUCGUAAAGUGGUAAAGGAGCAACCAGGGUGGGCUGAUGUGUAUUCGAGCCAGGGUCAUAGACGAGGAGAGAUGCAAGGAUGGUGUCGACUAAAAGACAGGGAAGAUGCAGAUGCAGUGUUCAAAGUAUAUCACAGAGCCAAAGGCAUGCUUGUGCAUGUCUGGGAAACCAGCCGUAGGGGUGACGGUUACCGGUUGAUGCGGUGUAACUGUUCUACAGCAUUUCCUGAAAUCCCAGAAGGUGGCCACUCCACUGGGCGUUGCGGCAUUGACAUUACAAGAGUGAACCAGUUGGGGGGUGGCAGAGCGACACCUGUUGAAUCAUCGGCCCCAUACAUGUCAGCCCAGUCCGGCUACAUAUAUUCAACAUACCCACAGCUGCAAGCCUAUUCACAGCAGCAGCAGCCACCAGGAUACGCCCAUGUUCCAACUUACCCAGCCUACCCUCUGUCAACCCCACCGGUGUACUCGACCACAACCAACGGAAUCCCCGUUAACAUCCGGGGGGGAGCCAUACUCACAGAAGCUCGAGGUAUCUUCAUUCGAAAUUUGAGCUACAAAUGCACUAUGGAUGACCUCAACGCUCUGCUGUUACAGACUGUAGGUUAUGCAAUUGACAUUCAGUUCAUCCGAGACAACAGGACAGGGGCUUUCAAAGGCGCCGCCACUGCCAAGUUUGCCUCGAAGGAGUUGGCGCAAAACGCGGCAAACACCUUGAACGGCACAGUACACAUGGGAAUGACACUACACGUGCGCAUGGACACCGACGCCACCGUCGUGGGGCAGACCGAGCCUAUGGUUGUGAACGGGUCGUACAGAAUGUCCGGAAGCCACUGGAAGGCUUUCCGAGGCCCAUGGCCAAUAAUGUGGCGUGUUUCAUCGGCGUUGCUGUAA